CAACACAUUCAUUCUAUGGAUCGAAGAAGAAGGCAGCAAAAUUCAACCUGUUAAAAUGACGUUGCCAGAGAAUGAGGAGUGCCAGUCAGAGAGUCCUCCUGCUAAGAAGCUUAAACGUGAGGAAUCCCCACAACCAAGCACAAGCACUUGGUUUGUUGACUAUUCACUGCUUGAUUUUUGUGAUGACUUGCUUCUUGAAAUAUUCUCCCAUUUGAAGCCUAUUGAUCUUAUAACCCUAGGCCAAUGCUGCAAGAGGCUGCAAAGAAUUGUCAGGGAUAGAGUAUUAUGGAAAAAUGUGGACUUUAGACCACUUUGUAUUUCGGAUAAGGAUCUUACAAAAUACUGUGAAUUCUUACUUCCAACUACUAGAAAACUAGCAGUGAAGGGAUUGUGGGUGCCACCUCACCCAAGAGAGAGAGGUGGAGAACUCCGGGCAAUCAUAGACCAGAGCUAUUUAGAAAGCAGACUUGCAAUAGGCAUGUCAGCAAAUUUUUUCAACAGUUUAACCAAAUCUGCACCCAACCUUCAUACACUGAUUAUUGAAAACACUGUUUUGGACACAAAAAACCUAACAUGGGACAAAGUACCAUCAAAUUUGGAAAAUUUGUCAUUGCAACAUUGUCAUCUGUUUGAACUUGAUGCAUCAAAGUCGUUCUUCUAUGGCAUCGACAAGUCUUUGCUGAAUUUAAAGUCGGUGAAUAUGCAAGACUGCUUCUGGUUGGAGUCACAUUCAUUGUACAUGAUGAGAAAGCUUAAGACACUGGAGCAGAUGGCACAGUGUUUGGACACAUUGAACCUUCGAGAGUGCUACUGGUUUGAGUCACAUUCAUUGCUCACGUUAAGCAAAUGUGAGAAGCUGGAAGAAUUGAGACUGGCUGACUGUCUUCUCAGCGACUUUGUGCCAUACGUCAGUCUUGGUACUCGAUUUGGCUUCAAGACGCUGACUAUAAUCGAUUUCAGUAGAACUUACGUGACUGAUCGUGAGAUAUCCUGUCUCAACAAGACUCCAAAUCUCCGAGAACUGUACCUGGAGUCGCCGGGUGGUGUACGCGGCUCAACACUGAUCUCAGACAUGGCUGUUACUGCUUUCGGAGCUACCUUGGAGGUGUGGAAUCAGUUAGGUUACUUCGUGUUACUAAUGCCUGAGAUAGAAGAGGAAGAGGGGAGUUUCUUACCUUCGCCACUCAGAGUUAUACAGCUCCUAAAUUAUAGAACAGUGACAGAUACAAGUCUGCGCCACUGUGCCUCGUGUCUCAAGGGCCUCCAAAGAAUCGACGUCCGAGGCACGGCCUGCUCUCAGGCUGGAGUCAUUAAGUUCAAGUCCGAGCGGCCUGACGUUACUAUCAUGUCAGAUUUCAAUCUAGAAGUAGAAGUAGAAGCAGAAGCAGAAGCAGAUGCAGAUGCAGAUGCAGAUGCUGCCUCUGGUGUUAGCAACACUUAAAUAGUUACAUACCAUGUCUCAGACUGUAAAAUGCUUGAAUGUUGUUCAGUAAAAAUAAGACUAAGCACUGUUUUUAAAACUGGCAUCUAUUUUGUCCAACUUGUUUCAUUUGUUAGUUUGUCAAGGAAUGACUUGAUACAGAGUUAUAUCAAGAAGCAAUCAGCCCAAAUGUUAUUACUUUUGUAUGUGUAUGUGUAAACAUGAACAAUUUUUAUUAAUGAAAUAUUACCUAUAAAACUAGGGUUGCCCAGAACUAUGAAAUAAGAUUAAACUGCAGAAUUAGUCCUGCAAUGUAACUAUAAUCUGUAUAAUUAAUAUUAAUUAUAUACAUUUGGUCAUAAAUACAUUCUUUAACUUGGAGAGUCCUUCACAACUUUUCAUAUCAAGGUGAAGGACAUUUUCAGUGCAAUAAAACUUUUUCUGGUGUCUAGAGAGUUAUGAAAAGUUUAUAUAAAAAUAAUCAUAAUUUACUAAACCUUAAAACAAAGGUCUUUAUUAUUUCAUGCUACAAUAGUGUUAAAAGAAAAAAAUAAAAUGCACGUAUUAACUUGAGUUUUAAAUAUUGAAAGUAUAUUUAAGAUGAUAUUUAACUACGUGAAUUUAGAAUUUUAAAAAAUUUCUAUAUAAGUUUAUACUGUAUUUAAUUAAUCUAAACUCUUCAGAAAACACUACUCUGGACUAUAAAAUGGGCGGAUCAACUUAUAUAAGUUUAUAAAUUUUAAUCUUAAAACUAAUUAUUACUUUCACAUCACAUUCCUUAUUUCAAAGUUCAAGGCGAUAUCUUUGUUUCAACAGAACUUUUAUUUUAAUGUUAUUUUUCACAUAUUUACAUCACUGCUUGUGUUAUAACCUUUAUCAGUGUUCUGGGUACUCACUCAGUAAACUAGUGAACAAGAUGCAACCAGGAUGAAACAGAUUCUACUUUUUAAAAUAUUGUUUAGUCUUAUGUUCAUUGAACAAUAAUAAACUUCAUAUAAAUGUAAAAGUGUGCUUAUUGUAGUUCCUACUAUCAUAUUAUAGUUCCAUAAAAUUUAAUUCUGUGUUAAGAGUUAAAAAAAAUUAAACUUGUCAUUGUAUCAUUUUUAUGAAGUGUCUAUUUAAAGAGUAACUAAAAAUUAAGCUAAGGAACAAGUUAGUUAUUAUGUACAUGAUUUUUAAAUGCCUUUAUGAGGCAAAAUUACCCAUAAACAAAUGUUAUGGCUGUUACUGUUGGCACGGAAAAGACAUGGUGGCCAUUUGGAAUUGGAUAAUAAUAUAAGUGAGAUCUCUUUUUAAAUUUGUGUUAAGUUAGAAAGCCAUUGCACCAUAUAGUCUGUGGACUUCAAGUAAGGGCACAUCCUAUUGGAGUUGAACCCUUGAGCUGUACAGACUAUAUCUCUUACAUAGUUUGUUUAGUUCACACAAAUCUAUUGUUUGAGUAAGGGUGAAAUAAGGCCCAAAAAGGAUACAUUUUCAACUGGUUUGCAAUACCUGUAGUAGACUUAUUUUUCUAAGGGGUUUUCCUGCCUUGUUAUACUGCUUGUUUGAUAUAUUUCAAACUGGGUUGAGAUGUAUCAAAUAAGGAUUUUAAUACAGGGUAUAACAUCAUUUUUAUUGUCACUCUGUAAUUUUUUAGAGUCUCAACACAGAAUUAUGGAACUAAAUAAUGUUGAUGUUUGUGGUAUGAGCACAUUUCUAGUUUUGUGAUGAAGUUUAUUAUUGUUCAAGACAAUUAAUUUUAAGGAUUGUUUACAAAACUGAAUUUGGUUUUGUAAUAUUGGAAAAAAAUAAAAUCCUAACUCUCAUUAUUUUAUUAAGGUAGGUAUAAUUUUAAGACUAAUAAUAAGAUUUUAUGCAACAAAAGUCUGUCAUAAGCAUGAUUUAACUAGAUUUAAAACCAGAAUGAAGUAUUUUGCAAUGAUUCAUUUAACUUAAAGCAAUGUGACUCAUUUGAAAUAUUUGUUGAAACAUUAGAAAUAAAAUGUUAAAACUUGUAGUCUUCUA